CCGGGAACGGGGCUGUGCCAGUACCGGGGACAGGGCUGCGAUGGCACCGGGGACAGGGACCGCACUGGCCCAGGCUCAGCCGUCCCCGCUCCGGCCGCACGGCAGCCCCGCUGCACCGGGAGCCGCCUCUCCCCCGGAGCUCCCCGGCAACCCCGCGGCGCCACGACCCGCCGGGAUCCCCCCGAGGUGGGGGGACUCCGACGGGGGGCCGGGCGCGGCGCGGGGCGCGUCCCCCGCUGCCCUCCGGCCCGGCCCAGCCCGUUACCGUUCCCUCCCGCGCAGGAUGAGUUCCACCCCUUCAUCGAGGCGCUGCUGCCGCACGUCCGGGCCUUCUCCUACACCUGGUUCAACCUCCAGGCCCGCAAGCGCAAGUACUUCAAGAAGCACGAGAAGCGGAUGUCCAAGGAGGAGGAGCGCGCCGUCAAGGACGAGCUGCUGGGCGAGAAGCCGGAGGUCAAGCAGAAAUGGGCCUCGCGCCUCCUGGCCAAGCUGCGCAAGGACAUCCGGCCCGAGUGCCGCGAGGACUUCGUGCUGUCCGUCACCGGCAAGAAGGCGCCGUGCUGCGUCCUCUCCAACCCCGACCAGAAGGGCAAGAUCCGCCGCAUCGACUGCCUGCGCCAGGCCGACAAGGUGUGGCGGCUGGACCUGGUGAUGGUCAUCCUCUUCAAGGGCGUGCCGCUGGAGAGCACGGACGGCGAGCGCCUGGCCAAGGCGCCGCAGUGCGCCAGCCCCGGCCUCUGCGUGCAGCCCCACCACAUCGGCGUCACCAUCAAGGAGCUCGACCUCUACCUGGCUUACUUCGUCCACGCGCCAGGUGAGCGCCGAGAUUUUCCCGGAGAGACCCCCCCCACCUCACUC